GAGAGGAGUCAAAGAGGAGGAGAGAGCUGUCAAAGAGGAGGAGGAGAGAGCUGUCAAAGAGGAGGAGGAGGAGGAGAGAGCAGUCAAAGAGGAGGUGGAGGAGAGCAGAGAAGUGUCUGAUCCAGAUCUGGAGGAAGAAGUAGAUAGUAUCACUGACCCAGGAGAGAUCUCCAACCCAGGUUCAGACAGUGAGCCCAGUUCCACAGCAUCAGGAAACCAUAAACACAGACAGAGGAACUCAAGACAGAAACAUCACCACUGCAUGGACCGACCCUGCUCAGAUUCUAGAGGCAGUUUUGUGUGUCCAACUCACCUCAUACCACGCAAAAAGACCCUCAAAAUAAAGAAGAUGUACCCGUGUGGUCAAUGUGGGAAGAGAUUUCAGACACCAAGCAGCUUGAAGACGCACCAGCUUACUCACACAGGAAAGAAGUCGUACCACUGCUCCCAGUGUAGGAAGACUUUCAGUUGUUCGUUCAAUUUGAAGAGGCAUCAGAGAAUACAUACAGGAGAGAAGCCUUUCCACUGCUUCCAAUGUGGGAAGAGCUUCCGUAUGGAAGGACAGCUAAACGAACACAAGAGAAUACACACAGGAGAAAAGCCGUACCACUGCUUUCAGUGUGGGAAGAGCUUUGGUCGGGCAGGAGCUCUAAAGGCACACCAGCUAAUUCACACAGGAGAGAAGCCGUACCACUGCUCUCAGUGUGGGAAGAGCUUCAGUCAGGCAGGACACCUGAAGACACACCAUCGAAUUCACUCGGGAGAGAAGCCAUACCACUGCUCUGUUUGUGAGAUGAGUUUUCCUCUUUUACAGACCUUAAAUAGACACCAGCUUACUCACACAAGAAAGAUGCCUUAUCACUGCUCCCAGUGUGGGAAGAGCUUCAGUCAAACAGAAAGCCUUAGGGCACACCAGUUAACUCACACAGUAGAGAAGCCUUACCACUGCCUUCAAUGUGGAAAGAGUUUCAGUCAUUCAUCAAAUGUGACGGCCCACCAGUUAACUCACACAGGAGAGAAGAAUUACCACUGCACUCAGUGUGGGAAGAGCUUCAGUCUGGCAAGAUACCUGAAGAAACAUUGUCAAACGCACACAGGAGAGAAGCCUUACCACUGCCCACAGUGUGGGAAGAGUUUCCGUCAGUCAUCACAUCUGAGGGCACACAAGUUAACUCACACAGGAGAGAAGCCCUGUACCGCUUCUCUCAGUGUGGGAAGAUCUUCAGGCAGACAGCAGACUUAAAGAGACACCAGCUAAACGUUGACACGUUUUUAUCCCGAUCUACAGGCUCCAGAUCAGAUCCCGGCCCAUUGACUGUUCCUAGGCCGUCAUUGAAAAUAAGAAUUUGUUCUUAACUGACUUGCCUGGUUAAAUAAAGGUAAAAUUUAAAAAAUAAUAAGAGUAAAACCUAACGCGGCAGCCCGUAAAGUGUAAAUAUGUACCUGAUUCCGCUCUACAGGCUCUUACGACGUCACAAUAAUUUAACAUGUUGAAUAUAUUGGGCCUCAAAUCAGCCAUUAUUGCUGAGUGCGAGCAGUGCUCAGAGCACUUAUGAGGCACGUCCCACCGUCAGCCAAAGCUAACGUUGGCUAGGCUAAUAGCUAACGUUGGCUAGGCUAAUAGCUAACGUUGGCUAGGCUAAUAGCUAACGUUGGCUAGGCUAAUA